AUGGCGCAUCCUGCGAGGCAGGCGCAUGUGGAGGACGCGGAGGAAGACAAGGGCAUUGAUCUUGCCGAUGUCCCCGUCGAUCGCGAUUAUGAGUUACCAUCAGCCGCCGCAGGCAUUGCCCCCGAGAAAGCCUCGGCCAUUCUGUCGCAGUUUGAGCGAAAACGGCGAGCGGCGGCGAUCGCGGUCCCGACGGAUGAUAACAAAGUGCGCGCGCGACUACGUGAGCUAGGCGAGCCCAUCACGCUCUUCGGCGAGGGUCCAGCCGACCGACGAGAUCGGUUACGAGAGCUCCUGGCCGACCUGCAGGAGAAGCAAGAAGCCGAGGGGAAAGGCGAUGUUGAGAUGCGAGAAGCCACCGCGGAGGCGGAGAAAGCGGAGGAGGAGGCAGAGCAGCAGGAGGAAUUCUACACGGAGGGCACGCAGGAGCUGCUGAAUGCGCGGAGGAAGAUCGCGCUGUAUUCCUUGCCCCGGGCCAAGGCGCGGGUGGCCAGUCAGAAGCUCGAAUCGACGAUACCCUUGCGAACGCACAUCAAGCAUCGCAAGGCGAUCAAGGAGAAAUUGCAGGGCUUUGAUCUCUACGGGUCGCAGAUUGCGGGCGAGCGGCCGGUGAGCAUGACGCGGUUCUCCCCCGACGGACAGACGAUCGCGACGGGGAACUGGGCAGGAGGCAUCCGACUGCUCUCGGUACCGAAUCUCGAAGAGAAGGUCAACCUCCGCGGCCACACGGACCGAGUCAGUGGUCUGUCAUGGUUCCCCGGCGCCACCCUGCCGUCAUCGAACGUGUCCGAGUCGGCCGUGAACCUGGCCUCUGGAGGCGGAGAGGGCAACGUUGUUCUCUGGUCGUUGGACAAGACGCAGCCUCUGGCGACACUGUCGGGUCACUCUGAGCGUGUCUGCCGCGUCGAAUUCCACCCUUCGGGCCAGUAUUUGGCCUCGGCGUCCUACGACACGACGUGGCGGCUGUGGGAUGUCGAGACCACGACGGAGCUGCUGUUGCAGGAAGGGCACUCUCGAGAGGUUUAUACGGUGGCCUUCAACUCUGAUGGUUCGCUGCUGGCCAGUGGAGGCCUGGACAGUCUCGGCCGCAUUUGGGAUCUGCGCACCGGCCGCACGGUUAUGAUUCUGGAGGGUCACAUCCGAGAGAUCUACGGGCUGGACUGGGGCGUGGAUGGGUAUCGGGUGCUGUCAGGCUCUGGGGACGGGUGGGUGAAAUGCUGGGAUCUGAGACAGGUGCGAUGUACAGGUAGUAUAGGAGGCCAUCGCAGCGUCGUGGCGGACGUGAGGUGGUACAAGGGGACGGAAUCAUCUACGUAUCUCCCAUCGACGCAGACGCAGAACGGCUCCUCAGCUAUGGAUACCAGUGAAUCCGCGCCGUCGCAGACACCGACACCACCACAGCCCCGGAAAGCGGGCACGUUCUUCAUCACGGCCGGAUUCGACCGCAACGUCAACAUCUUCAGCGCGGAUGACUGGGCGUUGGUCAAGUCGUUGAGCGGGCAUUCGGACAAGGUCCUCAGCGUCGACAUCAGCGAUGACGCAAGGUGGAUUGCGAGUUCGGGGCAUGAUCGGACGGUUAAGCUGUGGGGGAUUGAAUGA